AGAAACAUAACAAAGUAGCCUUUGAACACAUGCCACACACAUGAGCAUUGUGUUCGACUGAAACAAAUUGCAAGCUUAUAUCUAAGAUUAAUUGUAUUCUUGCGAAUCUUUUUCUGGCUUGAAUAAUGAUGAAUGCACAUAGCUAUCGCUAUCUUUCAUGAGCAUUGUCCUGCAUGUGAAGGUGAAGGUGCAUACUUUUCCUAGCCUUCUACUAGAAACUCAGUAUUCCCGCCGCCAAAAGAUGUCUCAGCAGAGUGCACAUGGCAGGUGGACUGUUUCCAGUAGUGAUGAUGACGAUGAUGUACCUCCCCGCUCAAGCAACAUCAAGACAGAAAGAGUGGAAACGCCUGAACAAGACACAAUAAAGACUGAACCUGUGACAAGGAAGAUUGCUUGUGUCUUCCAUUCAAACACAGACACGCCUGAUGUCAAAUCUGUACCGUCCUUGGCGGUGAAGAAGGAACCGAAACCCUCAGCCCUGGUCAUGGGCUCGGAGGCUCGGCAGACUGCUCAUGCCAACCAGCAGCAGCCGGUGAAGUACGAGAACAACAACCCCUCGCCUGCCGUCAAGAGGAAGAGGGAGACGGAGGAGGCUGGCUGGGCCUUGUCAAGCAGCGAUGACGACAAUGACAACAACCACAAGGACAGGGUCAUCCCGUCUGGACAGAAGAUACAGCCCAAAACACAGUCCAGCCCCAAACGGGUGAAGAAGGAGGUCGCUAGGCCUCCCAGCCCCCACGGUCGUAUGUACUACAUCGACGAGCCUGCGGACUACUUCGAGACCAGCAUCAAUGAGGAGGCGGAGACGUACCGCUUCUAUCUGAACAAAGUGGUGGGGCUGGACAAGAAGUACAACACUGGAGCCAUCCACAUCAGAGAAAUUCUCUCCCCCAUGUUUGGAACUCUUAAAGAAUCUGUGCAGUUCAACUACUGCUUUGAUAUCCCCUGGAUGGUGGAACAGUACCCUCCGGAAUUCAGGGAUAAGCCCGUCUUGAUUGUUCAUGGCGAGAAGCGCGAGUCCAAAGCCCGUUUAAUCCAGCAGGCACAGCCGUAUGCCCACGUCCGCUUCUGCCAGGCUAAACUGGAUAUUGCCUUUGGCACACACCACACGAAGAUGAUGCUGCUCUGGUAUGUGGAAGGGUUCCGGGUAGUCAUCCUGACCUCUAACAUGAUCCGAGCCGACUGGUACCAGAAGACUCAGGGGAUGUGGAUAAGCCCUCUGUACCCCGUCUUGCCCGAGGGAAGGCCCGAGACUGCAGGGGAGUCCCCGACGUUCUUCAAGAGGGACUUGAUUGAGUAUCUGCAGGCCUACAGGGCCCCGGAGCUGAGCGAGUGGAUCCAACGCAUCAGAGAACAUGACCUCUCAGACACCAGUGUAUACCUGAUUGGCUCAACCCCUGGGCGUUAUGUGGGAGCUGAUAUGGAGAAGUGGGGCCACCUCCGCCUUAGGAAGCUGCUGCGUGAGCACACAAAGCCAGUGCCUAACGAGGAGGCCUGGCCCGUGAUUGGCCAGUUCUCCAGCAUCGGCUCCAUGGGAUUGGAUAAGACCAAGUGGCUAGCCGCAGAGUUCCAGCGCACGUUAACUACACUCGGCAAAGGAGGGAAAUCAGUCGGUCCAGAACCACAAAUGCUACUGGUGUACCCCUCAGUGGACAACGUGAGGACAAGUCUAGAGGGAUACCCAGCUGGAGGCUCCCUGCCCUACAGCAUCCAAACAGCCCAACGGCAGCUUUGGCUUCACUCCUACUUCCAUCGCUGGGGGGCAGAGACAACAGGGCGAAGUCAUGCGAUGCCCCACAUCAAGACCUACAUGAGGGUAUCCCCAGACUUCACACAGCUCGCCUGGUUCCUCGUCACAAGUUCCAACCUGUCCAAAGCAGCCUGGGGCGGCCUGGAGAAGAACAACACGCAGGUGAUGGUGCGCUCCUAUGAGCUAGGAGUGCUCUUCCUGCCCUCCGCCUUCAACUUGAGCACGUUCCGCGUGCAGAAGAACGUGUUCCCAGCUGAUGAAGGUUCCUCGGGGUUCCCAGUGCCUUUUGACCUGCCACCCCAACGUUACUCCAGCAAAGAUCAGCCUUGGAUCUGGAACAUUCCGUACACCCAAUCUCCAGACACCCACGGCAACGUAUGGGUUCCGUCCUGAAGUAGCCCUGCCAUGGUAGUGCCCCCUGUGGCUGGAGGACGACACUGCAGCGUCCAGAGACACAGAGGGACGUCUGUCAGACUCUGCUGUCAGUCAGCUGAUCCUGUCUAUCUGUGCAACAGGCGUUAAAUCCUCACUGGUGACUGUCUAUGAAAGUACAAGAAUCUGUCGGACAAAUAAAGUGAAGAGUUGGUGAUUAAUGUAGUUAUGCAAUUAAUAGAAGAAUCGUUAGGAAGUAUCACAUGCCUGUCUCAAAAGUUUGUUAUCCUUUUUCCAUGUUGCCACUAAUAAACCUUGUUUGUAACACA